UAUUUCGAAAAAUAGUGGGAAAUGAAAACGUUUUGUGAGAAAAAUGAAAUAAAUCGUGCAAAAAUGUAAAAUAAAUGGAAUAAUUUUGCGAAUUAUUCGUUUAGAAAACGUUGAAAAUAUUACUGAACGUAUUAAGUAUGUUAUAAGUUCGAUCCAAUGUCUAUUCAUCUUCGUAUUUUGUUCCUAGCAUGUCGCAGUAUUAGUUGUUAAGUUACUUUGAAACAUCUAAUGAAUAAUACUCAUCAGCUUUCGACAUGGAUGACGUAGAAUAUCUUCUUCCAUCGGAAAUCGCUCGAUUAAUUUAUGGCCAUCUCAAAGCUACCGAAUCUGAAGAGGUAUCUAACAAGUUCCUAAACGAAUGUCCCGAGCUAUCGGAAUGUCGAGAAUUACAUAAGCAAAAUCGCACUUUCAAAACCAAAGCAAACGGAAUGACGCUGAAAGAAAUCUUGGACCAGUAUAUGAGCAUGCAUGAAAUGAUUCUAGGUACCGUGAAUCAAUUAGUUGGAAAGUCACAACAGUUCACCGAUCCGGUAGAAGCUUUAAAUUAUUUAAUGAGCGAUAACUCCAAAAUUGAACAGUCUUCUGCAGAUGACAACAUCGACGAUCAACAUUCCCCCGGAGGACAUUCUGUGCGUAGUAGUUGCGAUGAAGAUUUGUUUAGCGAUUUCAGUCUGAAUUUGAAAACACCCGAUAAACACAAAUCUCGUGAAAAAGUUACCAAAAACAUACCGGAGACGCUUAUUGAAUUGAGUGAAACGAUCGAUAAAAGUAUUCAAGAAACCACCCCCGAAUCGAAUAAGCCUCCUUCUAGACCAGGCUCCGAUGUAAUAAUACGCCAAAGUACCAGACUACAGUUGAAAAAACAACUGAAGAACGACCGUUCUUGUAAUUCUGACAGCAUUAAGGAACUUCGAGUAAAUCCAAACGACGACUGUGACACUCCUCAUAAAGUAGGAAAUCCUCCAUACUCGGAAAACAAGCUGUGGAAACCAAGAGCUGCAAUUUGUCUUCUAUCUUCCGAUUCGGAACCAGAAUCUACCUCGCUAGCCCCUCCUGUCAUACCCGUUACGAAACCUCCUAGUGCUAUUUCUGAAAGACUGAAUGGAUUUUUUGAAAACGCCACCAAAAAGAAAACUAUAAAGACCAUGAAACCUCGAAGACCCCCUUCAUGUACGCCGUCGUGUUCUAGUGAAAAACCCGCCAAAAGUGAGAAAAAAUGUAAACGUAACCGGAUACCUGCCAAAUGUGGUUCGAAAAAUUCCACCAAUGAACGUAAAAAAUCUAAAUUAACCGUUGAAAAUGAUAAACCACCGGAAGCUGCUGCAAGUGAUGUAAAAAAGCUAGAACGUAAGUCCGAUGAAUUUGUAUUCACUUCGGAUGUACAGCAGGCUGUCGAGAAACCGAAAAUGAGAAGGAAAAGUGGUCCUGUGAUGCCAUCUUAUGAUGAGAAAUGGGGUGCUCUGAAACUAAAUAAAUCCCUGUCUGUGAUAGACGAUGUGGUACUUGGAGAAAGGUUGAUUAAAAACAAGAAGCUUCAAGAGCACAUCGCCGCUAAUAUAAAUGAAGUCAUUACGAACUCUCCUCAAAAGAAGAUUGGUGAGGUGGACCCUAUAGAUUUUGAAGAACUGAUUAAGACUAGUCUCGAGAAAGUCAUCGCCGAUCCUGUUUAUCAAAAUUUCGAAUCCGAUGUGCUAGAUGAAUUGAUCGGUCAAGCUUUCAACCCGCAACAAUCGUGCUCCGAUGUCAGCUCUCAACCAGAAUCGACAAGAAAUCAGGCCAACCUUGCUUUAGAAAUCAACGCAGAUACUCAGAUUAGUACCGAUGCCAAUAUAGAUAUCGAUGACCCUUUGGCGGCGAAUAACGAAGAAGUUAUCCAAUCGACUGAACACGAACAAAAUCCGGCUAUUAUUAUUGAAAUACGCGAAGAUCAGAUAACAACCAACCAAGAAACGUAUAUCGAAAAACACACUCCAGUUUCCGAAGAAUUUCGUAGCUACUUUAGUAAUAUACCUGGCAUCGAAUCAUCACCGGAUACCAAACUCGGUAAUGCUUUGAAAUCGGACGAAAACGCCAGCGUUAUUAAUUUAGUCGCCCCUAAUGGAGAAAUCACUGAAUCGUGUAAAGUAGGCGAUAAUACCGCAGAAAGGAUCGUUUAUAGCGGGAAUUCCAUACUGUUUCCUUUCAACGAGGGUAUUCCUAUGGUUACUUAUGGGAGAAGUGCCGAGUUUCAGAUUUGUGGCACUCCUUCAUCGUUAACGCAAGUUAGUCGUAAAAAUCGAUUCGUUACUAUUGCUCCGAAACCAAAUAACGGUCUUCUAAUGGAGAAUUCGACAGAUCUUAUUAAAGCUCAAAAGAAAAGACGAACUAGGGGAGGAAAACGCCCAUAGAUUGCUAUCAGCGGAGGAUAUUUCAAAAAACACCGAAUUAACUUAAUUUUUGUAUUUAUUCGAUACUUUAUAUAAAUAACACAAAAAUACAUAAAAUGUAUAAAUUACGUAAAAAAAAAAGAAGAGAAAAGAACAAAGAAAGAUGUCGCGCUGUGGUUCGUUUCAAUAAGAUAGCUCGCUGAGGAGAAAUGAAAUAUCGAGCUUAUUAAUAGUUGUUGUUUACUUUAAAAAUGUAAUGUAUUUUAUAAGUUCCAUCGAAGAGAUGGUUUUUUUUUACGUUGAUCUCAUCGAGUAGUUGUAUUUUCAUUUUGAUAUAAGUAAUUUAUUUCUCAAAUUGAGAAGAUGAUUAAUUUUUAUUUUGUUAUUACAUUGAUCUGGUCCAGUA